AUGCUGCGCCUCGUCACCGUGACGAUAGCACUGGCCUCGUCGGAGCGCGAGGACAUAGCUGACCCAUGGUCACGGUCAUGUUGGAGGAACGGCAGCUGGUUUGAUUGCUGUGCUCAGAGCAAGCCGUGCUGGGGAAGUGUUCGGAGGCAGCGGACGUGCUGUAGCAGCUCCCCGGAGGUUGAGCCCAUGCUCACGGACUUACACACAUGCAGCAAUGACGUUGCGCUGCGGCGCGCUUUUCGGCUCGUGUCGCACCAGCAGAUCGGCUUUGAAGAGGAUUGCGUGUCUCUCUUGGUUUGCAAACCAACCGAAGGUGGCUGGAGAGCAGUGCGAAGUGGAUUGGCGGCCAGCUGCUCAAUAGGGUCUUCUGCCGCCAGGUUGGUGCCUCCUCUGACGGAUCAUCUUUGCUCCAUGUUGGAUCCAUUACCGGCGGAGAUGUGGUACGAUGCAGAUGGCUUCGAGCGUAUUCGGCGCAGAUAUCGCUUUGGCACGGCCAACCGGCAUCACUGCGCUGUGCCGGCAUGGCUGUUAGUGAAAGAAGAAACACUUCGAUUAUACACGCUCAUUCAAGCAAAGUCACAGGUGACAAGAGUCUUGAUCAACAUCGGGGCUGCAGAUGCUGUGAUGAGUGAUCCUUUGGCUGGCACCUUGAGAACGUUUCAAGGAGGCAGCAGUGGUCGUCCCCCGUGGAGAGGAAUAUAUUUCGAGGCGGCGCAGGAGAAUUGCCGCGCGAUCCGAAAAGAAUUGAAGAAAAACCGUGCUCGAAUUCAUGUGGAAUGUGGCUACACUACACCGAUUUCGGUGGUUCCAACCAUUUGCCAGCAGCUCCGACGUCAGGAGAUUCCAGGUAUUGGCCAGGUCUGCCAUGCUGCGGGCGUUCCAGGCAUGAGCCCAGUCACAAGUGGUACUUUGCCCGAUUCGUCUGUGCGUGUGGAGGUAGAUGCCAUGAAUGUUGACAUCGAUUCCUACGACUGCGCGGUGUUGCGCGAAGCACUUCGAAUCCUGAGUCCCAAGAUGAUUAGCGUGGAAAUUUUUCCAUACCCUCCGCCGACGGUAGUCUCUUCAGAUUACCACCCACAACAUCAAGAAAGCGCGAACAGGAACAUCUCUGGAAAGAGAGCAAAGCUCGGUGGUACUGGGCGCGAAGGUGCCUUCGUCAUGGGUUGUUCUUUGAGCGCCGUUGUGGCCCUGCUGUGGCCACACGGCCUGGGGCUGUACCGCCUCAGUGCGCGUGAUGCGCUCUUCGUGCGGGGCGACGUGGCGAGGGAGAUUGAAUUGGAUCCGGGUGGCGGGCCAUGGAUUCCGGCAGACGAGUUCCAGUGCUGGAGGACGCUUUGUGCAGAUUUGGGGGAAACGGAGAACCUGAUGAAGCUCACGUCAUUGGGAGUUCAUGACCAUCUGAUGCCUUGGGUACAUCGACGUGUGAGAGAUAAGCUGCUCCACGGUUCCUUCCCAGCACAUCCUCUCACCGUGACGCUCGCGAUGCCGCCUCCGGUGCAUCGAUUGCCCGACGUGAAGCUGUUUGGAGUGGAGAAGCAUGUAGCAUCAAGUCGGGAUGCGAGUAUGUGGAAAUGUUCAGUUGCGUGGCUUCUGAGAUGA